AUGUCUUCAAACGAGGCUGGUGCUGGCUCCAACCAAGCCGGGCCCUUGGAACGGCUAAAGACUGGAUUCAAGGGCCUGACGAAGAACUUUGAGGCACCUGCAGCAGCUCCAGCUGAGGAGGCACAGGACAGCUCCAUGGAGCCCAAUGCUGCAGGAGGAGCAAACCUGUUCAGCGUGUGGACAGAGAAAGCGAGAAAAGCGUUUGCAGAGAAGGUUGCGUACGACCCGGUCCCCAAAGAAGACAAGACACCGACCGCGGAGGAGAUUGACGAAGAGAAGGGCGAGGGAGGCGCCUGGGCCAACAUCUCAAAGGCCGCAAGCCGCUUCGGCAAGCAGGUGGCUUCGGCGGCGGAAGAAGCCAAACAGAACAUAGAGAAGGCAGCUGAAAAAGCCAAGACAGCAGACCUGGCACAGCAAGUCCAAGGCUGGCAAAGCGAGGUCGCCAAGGGCUUUGGAGCUGCUGCAGACCGUGCCUGCCAAGCUCGUGAGGUUUUUACCGAACGUGGCAAGGUAGCAUCGCAGCUUGCGAAGGACUUGGGAAGCAAAGCUGCCAACAAGGCAAGUGAAGCCAAGGUGCAAGCUGCUUCGAAAGCAAGAGAGGCCAAGGACAAAGCUGCAAGUGUGGCAGGCGCUGCCAAGGACAAGCUCGCGCAGGCUGGUGAGGGUCUCAAAGGACUCGGCAGUCUUGCUUUGUCGCCCGCAAAGCUUGCUCAGUUCGGAGGCAUGUUCUUGGUGGGCGUGUUUCUAAUAUCUCUUUCCUUUUCCUUUCUUCCGGUCAUGGUCAUCGCGCCCCAGAAGUUCGCUCUGCUCUUUGCUUUCGGAUCCAUGACGAUGCUGGGCAGCUUCAUGCUUCUGAAGGGCCCGCAGGCCUUCCUGUCGGGCAUGGCGAGGAAGGAGCAGCUUCCCUUUUCAAUCGCCUACGGAGUUGGCCUAGUCGGCACGCUCAUAGCGACCAUCAUUUUGCGGAGUUUUCUGCUGACCGGCAUCUGUGGGCUCCUUCAGGCAGUAGGCCUGCUCUACUUCGUCGCUUCCUAUGUGCCGGGUGGAAAGGCCUGCGUCAACUUCGUGGGUCGCUUGUGUGGUAAGGCAGCGCAGGCCUUGCUUUGCCGCAAGUGA